AGUCAUCUGCCUCUCUUGUUGUGCGCGGUGAAUUGGUUUCUCGGGAGGGAAGGUUUGGUGGCGCCUUAUCCCUCCUGGAGAGUGAUGAAUUCUGGUGUACCCGCCCAUCCUGAUGCAUAUGCUCAGGCGUAGGAUUUCAUAAAAUAUUGGAGUGACUGUUCACGUAUUCAAGAGCUUGGAAUCGCUGAAACUCCAUGUGAAGCUUAGAUCGAAAACGUUUGAUCAGAAUUGCACAUCUUCUAGAAAUACUCUUCAGUUCACUUGCAUUUUAGCGCAGAGAACUUCUGACUGCAGCUACAUAUGUGUAACUCCGAGUUCCUCCAGCUGCUCUCUUACCUGUCGAGCUCGCAAAGACCGGUUGUAAUUUCAAUGUUUCGGUUCACAAUCCCAGCAAUGCACUCCAGUUAUUACUCUGUCGCAGCUAUAGAAUUUGGAAAUUUGGGUCCAAAUUCUAGCUGGAACGUCAAUCCCAAAGAAGUCCUCUUCACCUUCAGAUUUUGAUAUUUUUCGUUCAUCGCAAGCAGGUCUAGUGACAGAUUAUCAGCUUUAGAACGACAGAAACGACUGGCUAUCAUGGCUCGAGGCAUGAUGGUACACGGAGUGAGGGUCGUCCACGAUUCAAGCCCUCUGGCCAUCAUGCAGUCGCUCGACGGAGGACUGUUAAGCUCACCAGGUCCAGUCAGUGGCUUGCAGGGAAAUGGUGGCUUAGGAUUGAAAGUUGGGUUGAUGGUCGCCGCAAUUUUCAUUGCGCUGGUUCUUUUCUUAGGUCUGUGCGAGAAGAGGAAAAAGAUCUUAGAAUUUUUGGAUCACAAGCAUGCUCGAGUGGGACCGGUACCAGAAGGAGUCGAGUUCGAAGACUUAGAACCGGCAGCACCAGCCGUCGCAGGCUCCGCUGCACAAAAUCAAGCUGUAGAUCAAGCAUAGUGAGCAAAAUGUGGCAGGACUUUGCCUGAAGCUCGCAAUGACGGUGAGUCCAACACUUGUGAAGGAAUCAGAUACCCAGGAUGUGGCCAUGGAAAAGUGGAUUUUUUCUAGAACUUGGCAAGAUUAAGUCUUAGAAUUUUGCUCAAGGUGUCCACCAUGAGCUCACAAGGAGGUGAGAUGAGCUGAAAUACGAUAUAUACGAGGCACAACAAGUAGGAAGCACAGGUUCAAGAUGGCUGCAUCUACGGCUGGAGGGUUCCAUUUGAGAAGGUGUUGGUCGUAGAAGUCAAAUUGAGCACCUGUGGACACUGAGGCUAGAUCCACACUUACGCAUAGGAAAAUUUUCUCGAUGCAGUUGCUCCAAGCCAUGUUGUAAUUCGUCACGUAACCAUGACUAGUGGAGACAUGUUCAAGCUGGAACCUCAUUUCUACUCGUUCGAAAGCUUGGCUGAGGUUGACGCACAUUAUAUCGUAGGCACUGUCAUGACACAACGGGACUUUCAAUAUCCAUGCAACAGAAGGUUCUGGUGGCACAUAACGGAGGUGGAAAUGUUGAAAGGUCACUCGAACUUUAGUAUCAAAUUUUGACAUUUUGAAUGUGGUUGGAGGGAAGGUUUUGACCGAGAGGUGCCUCGCCUGACACAAGAGGCGGCAGUGUGAUGAGUUCAAGUUCGCCAUUCUAUCUACAUAAGCUUUUUCAUCGCCACUGAAAUUGCUUUUGAGUUUUCAUCUACUGAGAAAAAUUAGGCAUUCGUGAAUUACGCCAUACAUUCAAAGGCUCUGAUAGUCCUAGGCGGGGGAGCCUUUCAAACUACAUGAGGUCUGGCGUAUAACAGAGGAGUCGAGGCUUAGAAUCAAAGAUAUGAUAGAGAACGAGAGUAUGCAGUGCUACUCUUAGUACUGCAGCAUUAAUGAAGAGACAGGCGCUCACGUAGAAGCUCUAGAAUCAGGAACGCGAGAAAGUUUGAAAUUUGCGAUGGAUCCUGCAGAAGUUUUGCAAACGUAUAUGUAGAGAAAUGUACUGCGACCUGCGCCAUAGUCAGCGCUAUCUUAGGGACAGCUUUGUAGCUGCAGAUACUACCCUAUCGUCAUAGAAGACCUCGAAAAUAAAAUAAUUUUUUUCUGGACGUGACCUUACGGGAGCGAGGAGCUCCAGUCUAAAUUAUGCACCACCUUAGCCUUUAGGAACAACCUACAGUUGCACGUUGGGCAAACUCUUAAGAAAUUUG